GGCUAUAAGAAGGGAGACUCUAUCAGCAUCAUAUCCCUGAUCCCUGGCCUCCAUCACCUCCUAGGCCAACAUCAAAGCCAAGGGCCAUGCUCCUGUUAUCAAUUCUGCUGCUCAUGUCCCAAUUCAAAGGCGUAUAUUUUGAAUGUGGUAAAAGACCAAUUUUUGAGGAAGGAGCUCAGUAUUCCAAAAUCAUAGCAGGGAUGGAGGCUGAGGUGGGUGAGUUCCCAUGGCAGGUGAGUAUUCAGGCAAGAAAUGAACAUUUCUGUGGCGGCUCAAUCAUCAACAAGUGGUGGAUUGUCACUGCUGCUCACUGUUUAAUUUUUGAAGAGCUACUUCCAACAGACUUGAGCGUUGUGUUGGGAAGCAAUGACUUAAGCAGCUCAUCCCUGGAAAUAAAGGGGGUUACCAGCAUAGUUCUUCACAAGGAAUUUCGAAGACUCAACAUGGACAAUGAUAUCGCCUUGCUGCUCUUGGACUCACCCAUCAGGUUCAACGGACUGACAGAGCCCAUCUGCAUACCCGGAAAGCCCAGCCCUUCUGUGUGGCACAAAUGCUGGGUGGCAGGAUGGGGUCAGACCAACAGUGAUGACAAAAGCUCUAUGAAAACUGAUCUGAUGAAAGUGCCAAUGAUCAUCAUGGAUUGGGAGAAAUGUUCAGAAGCAUUUCCAAAACUUACCAAGAAUAUGCUGUGUGCUGGCUAUGAGAAUGAGAGUUUUGAUGCUUGCCAGAAAGAAAAAAAAAAAAGGUUCGUGCAUAAAAGGACAUGUAUUUACAAAUGUCCUUCUUGGUCCCAGCAGUCUGGUGACAGUGGGGGCCCUCUGGUCUGCACCACAGAGUCGGACAAGACCUGGUACCAGGUGGGCAUUAUCAGCUGGGGCAAGAGCUGUGGACAGAAAAACACACCAGGAAUAUACACCUUGUUAGAAAAUUACAACAUCUGGAUUAAGAAGGUGACUGAGAUAGAGGGAAGGCCCUUUGAUGCUGAGGAAAUGAAAGCUCCUCCCAAUAGAAAACAAAUGAGGUCCCACGCAGCAGAAUUUCCAGAGCCAGGAAGUCCCAGAUUCUGGAUCCUGAUUUCACUUCUGUCCUACGUGGUAUGCUGGGACAUUUUCUACUGAUAAUAAAGCAGAUGCUAUUCCUU